AGCAUGUGUUCUUGUUGGCCGAUGACAUGUCGCUGUCUUCUUCCUCUGUCCGGCCGUGCAGCGUGCAGAUGCAUGGCGAUUGCUUGUUUGCUCCACUAUGUGCCAUGUUUGCGUGAUCGUGAGUGCCUGCCUAACCCUGCUGACCAUGGCUUUGGCUAUUGGCACUAGUUUGGUACUUUGCCAUUAUAUUCUUGAAGUCCUAUCUCAAACCAGUAAUCGUGACUCAUCAGAAUUUAAAGGCCGUUCUGCCGAUCGACCUGCCCAUGUGAGUGACUGACUCGUGUGGUAUUAUAUUAUAUAGUAAUUACACCCAUCUGUGGGCGUUUCUUGCCUAACAUUUAGUUGUCGUAAGAAAUCUAGCAAUCACAUUCAGAUGAAUCCUGGUCAUGGGGGUUUUAACACUUGUUUCUUGGCCGUCAGUUAGGGUGGGUUUCUGUUUCUACUGAGAAUCAUUUGUCGCGGUAGUCGUAACUGUACUAGAGUAUGUAAUGCUUUAUUGCUUAUUACUACUAUGUUGAAGUGCUGAUGUUAUUGAGCUAAGUAACGAGGAUGGGAGUUUUGAUUUGGACCAUCACUUGUCAUCUUCUGCACACAUACAUUAUGCUCAGCACAUCUCGAGUCGCUCUGGGUCAGUCACUCACACCCACCCACUUGUUGCCACGAGCACUCUCUCCUCAGUGAUGAAGUAUAAAGUUGGGGCUCCCCUGCCUAGCAUAAAUUGUGCUUGUGCUUAUACGUAACAUCUAACAUCAGAUUGGAUAUAUGCAUGGACACUACUCUUCUCUUGUCUAUCGUUGCAAAUUAGUACCAACAAAGUUUCGCCAAAAAAGAAAAGAGUACCAAGGAAGAAGAUGAGGUGUUCAAGAAGCUCAAGCUGCCUAGUGGCCGCAGCAGCACUGCCCUAUGCUCUGCUUCUCUUCUGCUGCCUCACCACUGGGGACGCCGCCAAUGGCGGUCUUCGGCUGGGGUACUACUCGUCGACCUGCCCUCCAGCCGAGGACAUCGUGAGGGAGCAGGUGGCGCAGCUCUACCACAAGCACGGCAACACGGCGGUGUCGUGGCUGCGCGCCCUGUUCCACGACUGCAUGGUGGGGUCCUGCGACGCCUCCCUCCUGCUGGACACGAGCCCCGCCGCCGGCGUCUCGGAGAAGUCCGCGCCGCGGAGCUUCGGCAUGAGGAACUUCAAGUACAUCGACGUCAUCAAGGCCGCGCUGGAGCGGGAGUGCCCGGGGACCGUCUCCUGCGCCGACGUGCUCGCCCUCGCGGCCCGGGACGGCGCCGCCGCGCUGGGCGGGCCCCGCGCCGCCAUGCGCACGGGCCGGCGGGACGCCCGGGCGAGCCGCUACGCCGACGUCGGGCGCGACAUCCCCAACCACAACGACACCGUGGCGGCGGUGCUGGCCCGGUUCGCCGCCGCCGGCGUGGACGCCGAGGGCGCGGUGGCGCUCCUCGGCGCGCACUCCGUCGGCCGCGUCCACUGCUUCAACCUGGUGGGCCGGCUGUACCCGGCGGUGGACGCCGGCCUCGACCCGGCCUACGGCGAGUACCUCCGGGGGCGGUGCCCGACGGCGGACGCCAGGGAGGACACGCGCGAUGUCGCGUACGCGCGCAACGACCGCGCCACGCCCAUGGCGCUCGACAACAUGUACUACAAGAACCUGCUGGCGCGGAGGGGGCUCCUGCUCGUCGACCAGCGGCUCGCCGACGACCCGCGCACGGCGCCGUUCGUCGCCAGGAUGGCCGCCGACAACGGCUACUUCCACGACCGAUUCGCCGCCGCGCUGCUCACCCUGUCGGAGAACAACCCGCUCGGCGCCGACGAGGGGGAGGUCAGGCGCGACUGCAGGUUCGUCAAUCCGGCGUGAUCGAUAGACAGCUGCGGAUUCACUGUUCAUGAUGACUUGCUGCAUGCGCUCCAUGGGAUGUGGUGUAUGGGCAGGAAGAACUAGAAAAAUUAUGGCCCGUCUAUCUUAUCUGUGCAAUGAAAAAAAUUGCAUGGUUUAUAUAGCCAUGAUACCUACCACAUAAACAACACAAUCGGUUGUAUUAUACUCCCUCCGUUCCAAAUUAUAAGUCAUUCCAACUUUUUUAGAGAGUCAAA